GCUAGGGGGAGGGGAUUUCGUGCGCUUUACGUACGGCAUAGGGCAUAGAGUAUAUAGACGACAUACGGCAUAGAGUAGGGUGACAAGUGAGCGGGUGCGAGUAAGGCCGAGUCCGCAUGUAACGCGGUGGGCCCGUGCGUAUUGUCAGGCGAGUUACAACAUGCAGAAGGACGAGGAAAGAGGGAGAAAGGGAUCGAGGAAAGAUAAAUUGAUGGAGAGAGAGAGAUCGAAUUCAACUAGCAUAUUGGAAUUUACGUAUGAUAAGAGGAAGAGGGACGAGCUAGAGAGACAGACAGCAGAGAUAUUCAAAAGGAGCAAUAUGAUGGAUAGAACACCACCUGGAGAGAAGAGACUGAAAGAGAAGGAGAGAGAUACGGAAGAGAAUGGAAAGAGGAAGAGUGAAGAGGGAGCUAUGAUAGCAUUAUUGAGAGAAUUAAAAGAAGAAAUGGCAAGUACAAGGAUCGAGAUACGGGAAUUAAAGGAAAGCUGGAAGGCUAAGGAGGAAAGAAUGGAGAAGAAGAUAGAGGAAUUAGAAGAAAGAGUAAAAGAAUUAGAGAGACAAGGAGCCGGAGGAAAAGGGAGGUUAGAAGAAAAGAUAGAAGAAAUAACGGAAAAAGUGAAGGAACGGAUAGGUAGACAGGGAGGCAAGGGGGAGUCAACGGGCGAUGUAGGAGAGGAAGUGAGAAGGUUGAAAAGGAUAAUGGACGAGAGAGAGAAGAAGGAGAGAAGGAAUAACAUAACCAUAAGAGGUCUGAGGAAGGGGAAGAGCAGCCUGAAGGAGGAGGCUAAAGAAUUUCUGGGAAAAGAAUUCGGGAUCAUCAAAGAAAAUGUAAAAGGUGUUCAAGUGGUAGGCAGGGAAGGAAAGGAAAUAAUAAUAGUAGAGAUGGAAGAUUGGGAGGGAAAGGAAACAAUAAUGAAGCGAAAGUCCAAAUUGUUCGGGGGAAACAUAUUCAUUGAUCAUGAUCUGACGAAAGAAGAGAGAGAGGUACAAAGGUUACUGAGAGAACGGGCAAGAAAGGAACGAGUGGAAGGAAAGAAAGUAAAAGUAGGAUAUAGAAAAAUGUACAUAGAGAAUGAGAUGUAUGUAUGGAAUGAGGAGGCAGAGGAAAUAAGGAAAAGGGAGAAUUUUCAAAAAUCGGCCGAGAGGAAGGAAUAGAUGUGCGAGUAAAAGAGG